GUUAUUGUUGGCGGUGCUUCGGCAUUCGGGACCGUAACUACGUUCGCGUGAGUGUGUCCGGCGUACGUGUGCGCCCGGUAGUGGGGGAAUUCCGAGCGUCGGGACGCGCCGCCGUCCUUCCCCUACCAUUUUUGUUGCCUCCACCGCUAAAAGCAACUCCGUAGUGUCGAGAGGGCAGAACAUUGAGUACUCAACGAGCCAGUCGAGCUCCGGUGCGCUCAGCGAUAGGACGAGCUUAGAACCGAGCAGCGUUUAGCUGGUGUCGACUGUAACCGACUGGCAAAGUAUUUUCGGAGUUUGAACAUUUUUUUGAGAGAACCGAAAUAUUUCUCACGAUUUUUGGAUCUCCGUUAAAAAUACGAGAUUAAUUUAUCGAACUGAAUCGAUCCACCCUCUGGCACUUUGGAUUACGGAACGAGCAUAAAAUACACAGUGUGAUUUUUAGAAAUAACCACCGCGAAAGAGGCGAAUUAAAAAUUUAGUGGACCAAGGAGAAUGAAACACCUGGAUUACAAAUUGUGAAGUGAAUAUAUCCGACGACGACGAAAUAUCUAUAAACUAAACAAGUGAGGGAGAAGAAGAGGAGAUUCUCGCGCCGAUAUUACGCGACAAAUACUUUGGUUUUUGUGCGCGACAAAUUCAUUAUUAAUCAUGGUCACCGGGGUUGGUGCCACGAUGCCGACUGGGGGUGUCACCGUUGGUUCUGCACCCCAGACCCAACACGUGCCCCAGGAGGCCGGACAGCCCCCUGCGCAAACUGCGACCUCAACCACGAGACGAUCUGGAGAAAACCGACGGAGCAAUAAACCGAUAAUGGAAAAACGUCGAAGAGCCCGAAUAAACAACUGCCUCAACGAUCUCAAAACCCUGAUACUCGACGCAAUGAAAAAAGACCCGGCCAGACAUUCGAAAUUAGAAAAAGCCGAUAUUUUGGAGAUGACCGUGAAACACCUGGAGACGUUGCAGCGUCAGCAAGUAGCGUUGGCCGCGGCAACGGACCCGAACGUUUUGAACAAAUUUCGUGCCGGAUUUACGGAGUGCGCGGGUGAAGUUAGCAGAUUUUCGGGUCUGGAAGCAUCGGUGAAACGUCGUCUAAUGGCACACCUAGCGUCCUGUCUCGGUCCGGUGGAAACGACAACGACGAACGGUCAGACCGUUCAGCAGUCCGUUCAGCCGGCACCGCCGACGACGCAAUUGCAAGUUCACAUUCUACCCCAAGUGGACGCGACCCCGCGAAUUCAAGUUCAACAAUCGAACGGAAUAUUUUUCACGAACGCCAACGGGACGGGUCUUCAACUUGUGCCGACGCGUCUUCCGAACGGUGACAUCGCGCUCGUUCUUCCGGCCGGUGCAAAAGCCACGCCGGUCGCAUCCCCGUCUUCGUCCCCCGCACCCACGUCCCCGUUACCAACGUUGAUACCGAUCCCCCAAAGAACGGCGAGCACGGCCUCCGCCUCGUCAUCGGCAUCAUCGGCGAGUUCGACGUCGACGAGUGCCGCGAGUCCCGUCGCAUUCGAAGCACCCCCCGCGGCGUUCAGGGAACAGGGCGGUUCCCCCUUUACGACGAACACCAGCCACAGGGACGUCGCGACUUCACCGGCCAACGGAUACACCAGCGAUCCCGAAUUCGAUCCGAGGGUCUACAGCCCACCCCUACAAAAACCGCUCGCGCUCGUCAUGAGAAAAAGCGUCGUACCUGAAGUUGAAGACAAACCGUGGAGACCGUGGUAAUCAUUCGAUUGAGGAUAGAAAGAAGAAAAAAAAAAAAGAAGAGAGGUGAGAAGAAAACGUACGGAUAGACGCUCUGACGAAGUAUAAAAAAAAAAAAAAAAAGAAAAAAAUUAACUGUAACAGUUCAGUAGACAUACUUAAUAGAAGAGAUAAAAAUACGUCGAGUGCAGUCCAGCAAAUGGGGCUUCCAUAAUUUCUGUUGAAAUCGGAGUGUGUCCAAUGUCGGCCAGUAUGCAUGUAUGAUAAAUAUAUAGAGAUAAGAAAAGCCUGUCGGGCAGUGCCUUGAACAGUGCCUUGUAGAUUUCUCAUAUCCCACGUGACUUUCAUCCCCUAGAUCGUCUAGUGUACAUGUUCGAUGUAUAGUACAUAUAUAUAUAUUUUUGAUUUCCGAGUCCCCCUACCCUGGCUCAAUUAAUCCUCUCCCGAAUUAUCUUUCAUUUAUUAUUAUUAUUCACCCCAACUUAUCACGUUCAUCCCCUUGUGUAAAUACAGUAGAUAUGUAUUAAGUACGUCUGCUACGUAAAUAAAUUUGUUAAGUGCCUUACGCAACAAGAAUCACUAAAGUCUUCCAUAAAUGGUAUUUCUUGUGUACGUAAAUCGGAAAAAGCUAUUGCAUAACGUUCGUAACUUUAGAGAAAAAAAGAGUUAAGCCGUUUGUAAUUAACUUGUUAAAAUUAUACGAUAUAGUUAUUUAGAUGUAAGAAAUUAAGAUAUAAGAAAACGAGAGAGAGAGAGAGAAAGAAAGAAAGAAAGAAAGAGUAUGUGAGAAUGUUUUAUUUAUAUUUAUGAGUGUAGAAGAUUGAGUUUAUUCCUGUCUAUUGUGACGAUAGAAAAGCACGCUUAUUACGAACAAGAGUGUCAAAUAAAUUGAUCUCUUUAUUAAAACUUAA